CUACCAGGCAGGAUGUGACGCAAUGGGAAUGCGCAGGCCGGAAAGCUUGCAGGUGGCGAAAAUGGCGGACAGCAGCGGUCGUGUGGGCAAGAGCAGCGGGAGCGGCACGGGGAAGGGGGCGGUGUCGGCCGAACAGGUAAUUGCUGGCUUUAAUCGCCUUCGGCAGGAACAGAGGGGCUUGGCAGCCAAAGCAGCUGAGCUGGAGAUGGAACUGAAUGAGCACAGCCUAGUGAUCGACACUCUGAAGGAAGUGGAUGAAACCCGCAAGUGCUACCGCAUGGUUGGAGGUGUGCUGGUAGAGAGGACUGUCAAAGAGGUGCUGCCCGCCUUGGAGGGUAACAAGGAACAGAUACAGAAGCUCAUUGAGGCACUGUCACAGCAGCUUCAGGCAAAGGGGAAAGAACUCAAUGAAUUCCGGGAAAAGCACAACAUUCGUCUUAUGGGGGAAGAUGAGAAGCCAGCAGCCAAGGAAAACUCAGAAGGGGCUGGGGCUAAGUCCAGCUCAGCAGGGGUGCUGGUCUCUUAGGAACUUAAGCCUCUGCAUUUUUUUUUUACCCUGAUUCCCACUUCUGAUUUCUUUUUAUUGUUAUUAUUAUUAUUAUUAUUUUCUCAGCUAUUGUAAUAUUUUUUGUUAAUUAAACGUUUUGGUCAGAAUGCUUAGCUGUAGCCUGGGACUUUCUCUCAUUUAGGGCUACAUUGAGGGCAAAAGAUAGUGCACAGCUGAGCAUGGUGGCACGCAUGCCUUUACUUUUAGUGCUUGGGAGACAACAGGAGGCAGAUGUCUGAGUUAUAGGCCAGCCUGGUCUGCAAAGUAGGUUCAGACCCUGUUUCACACAAACAACAAAAAUGGGGUAUAAUUUAUGGCUUUUGUUUCUACCCGGUUAAUGGCUCAGAUUAUCAGAAAGGACCAUAUUUUGUCCUUUCCCUUGUAAAUAAAGAUACCUGCUCAUUUAGUGCUCUUCUAAAGAGGAUUCAGAGACAAAAUGUUGACUCUCAGAUCGAAAUUUAAUAAGCAUUUGAAGUAGGGCAGUAGCGCUGAUGAGAAUGCUUUGUGGGCCUCCACAACACAGGCUUGGCCGUGUGCCUUUCUGCCAGUCUUCAGAUGAGGAGCUCAAGGAUGCAAACCUGUGGGCUAGCUGUCCUGCCGUCCUCACCAAGACCCCCGAGCAGAUAAAGCUGGUCAUUCCAAAGGCAAGUGCGAUGGCCCAUGCGCUUCAGUCCACGGUCUGCACAGGGGAAGUGGAACCACUGGGGCGGAGACUUGCCUGUCAGGUGGAAAGCAGAGGAGCUUACUGAGCAGGGGUCCUUUGUCUCUGCUUCAGCACCAGUGAAGCGCCUGUUACUCUCAUUUGAUCUCUUGGCCUUUUCAACUUUUAUGUUCUGUUUAUGUUAUGAUUUACUUUGUUUUGUUUUUGAAACAGGGCCUUACUCUGUCUCCCUGGCUAGUCUCAAACACUCUAGACUGGUUGCCUCUGCCUCCUAAGUGCUGGAUUAAAGGUGUGAACCACUAUGCUUGGCUCUGGUUUUUUGUCUUCUGUUUCGGUAAACAAGGUUUCUCUGUGUAGCCCUGGCUGACUUGGAACUGCCUCUGACUCACAGAGAUCCUCUGCCCUCCCCAAGAGCUGGAAUUAAAUAUGUGCACCAGUAUGUGUGGCUGUGGCCCUAUUUAAAAUUAUGUAUAUAUAUAUAUUAGGUGAGGUCUUACAGUGAGUUCGUUAUAUAGACCGGGCUGGCAGAGAUCCUACGAGCUGUGCUGGGUUAUCUUUCUCGUCCUCUAUUGCAUUUCUUUAACUUUUU